ACUGUCAUUUAUACUGUUUUCGCAGGUUACAGUACAUACAACUUACAAUAGAUUUUACAACAAAAAAAAGAUAAAGACACCUGCGUUAAUAUUGUGAUAAUUAAUUAGAUACGUAAAUUAUCAAACGGUUAUUCGUUAUUAUUGUUUAAUAGUUAAGGUUAAAUUACAAGUCUUUGAAAUGUCUUCCAUUCCGGCUUCCGAGGAAAUUGAUGAGGCGAAGGAGCGUGAGCACUUUAGGGCGGUUGUAAAUGCAUUCAAAUAUUACAAGCUAUGUAGUUUGGAUCGUAUACAUAAAUCUGAAAAGAUAAUUAAGUCACUAUCUCAACACCAUCAAAGGCACCUGGAUAAGUACAAAACUUAUUUAACUAGAUUCAAGAAAUGUCUUGACAUUAAUAAUAGUGUUGUUAAUUUGAUAAUUAAAGAUGUGGAUAAAAUGUUUGAGAAUGUCGAUCAUAGUAUGACAGAAAGUUCUGGAGCCAAUGGUACUGAGAGUUUUGGAUGUAAUUAUAAUAAUUGUGAGAUAUCAUCGCAAAAACAACAUAAAAUGCAGCAUGAUGUUGAGAAGGUGCAGUCAGUAUUAAAAAAUAUUGUGCGAGAUUGGAGCGACAUUGGAGCCCCGGAAAGGGAACAAUGCUACAAACCCAUACUGGACGAGAUCGAGAAAAGAUUUCCCCCAGAGAAAUGCAGUGACACUGUGGUCCGCGUGCUGGUGCCCGGUGCCGGUCUGGGCAGGCUCGCUUGGGAGAUAUCGAAACGCGGCUAUACAACGCAGGGCAACGAAUUCUCAUUGUUCAUGCUGUUUGCAAGUAAUUUUGUGCUUAAUCGGUGCCCCGAGGCGAACAAAUAUACGGUCCACCCGUGGUUACACCAGUACGUCAACAACCUGAGCUGCGAGCACCAGCUGUUGGGCGUGAAGUUCCCUGACGUGAGGCCGUCGGGAGACAGGCCCAAUCCGAAUUUUUCUAUGGCCGCUGGAGACUUUCUUAAGGUCUACACCGAAGUGGACGAGUGGUCGUGCGUGGUGACGUGCUUCUUCAUCGACUGCGCUCCCAACGUCAUCGAGUUCGUCGAGAGGAUAUACGAGAUAUUAGUGCCGGGAGGGAUCUGGAUCAACCUGGGACCCUUGCUGUAUCACUACAGCGACAUGCCGACCGAAAACAGUGUCGAGCCGCCCUACGAUAUACUCAUAGAAAUAAUAAGAGAUGUGGGAUUUGAUGUUCUGGAAGAGCGGACGGGCGUCAAGACGAAAUACGCCCAGAACCCAAACUCUAUGCUUCAGCACGAAUACGAAUCUGUUUUCUUCGUCUGCAGGAAGCCUUACACCGCACUACGGGACAAACUUUAAAUUAAAAGAACUUAUUGAGCAUCAAUAUAAGUCGGUCCACGGCAAAGAAAAAGUUUGGAUAGCUUGAAUUAUCUUCUGAACGGUUAGUAUACACCGAUGAUGAACGUUCAUAGUGUAUGCGUUAUGCAGUAAACUUGCUCAGAACAUCAUAGCUUUGUGAGGCACAGGUGUUCGCUAUCAAUCAGCCACAUUAGUUUUAUUUAUGUGAACCAUACUAGAGGCUUAGGGAUGGAAUUUAAAAAAAAAAACUCAGUGCUUCUCUAGGGAGCUUGUGGAAUGAUAUCAUAAACAUUAAGUACCCUAGUUUUUAAAUCAAUUAUUGAAGGAGAUAUGUUUUUUUUUUUGGCGGGAAUGCGAGGAUUGAAUUUGUAUCAUUUGUUUUGUUUUGUCUAUUUAGUGUUUCUUCAGGUUUAAAUGUGUAAUAACGGUGGUUUAUUAACUGUUUAAUAUCUGUGAAAGUGCACAAAAAUUUGGGAAAAUGAAAUAAAGCCGCCGGAUGUAACUUUUAGGGAUCCUUCAAAAAGUCCACUGAAAAAAUCUCAGUAAAUGACCACUAUUUUACUGAGAUUAUAUUUCAUCCCAUAUCAUCUCAUCUCAUUUAAUUUCAUCCCAGUUGAUUAAUAUCUCAAAUUAAUCACCUUCAUUUCAUUUCACUCCAUAUUAUCAUUUUUCAUAAAAAUAAGAAUAUAAAUUAAAAUAAGACAUGAUCUAAAGGUCUUAGUUACCAGGUCAAAAAAAUCAUUUUAAAAAACAAAUGAAGAAGAUAUUAUGUCGCAAAUCUAUAUAACAUAAUAGAGCUAGUUCAAUUUGGAAAGUUGAAUGAACAUCCGGCUUUAUGGUUAUUAAGAGAUAUAUUAGUAUUAAUCUGUUUCUCAUUGUCUUAGCUAAAAGAUAACAGGGUUGCCUUCAUAGAAGCCAGCGAUAACUACCUCAACCCAAGCGGGUGACAAUACUAAAUUUGUUAAACUAGCCUUACCUAAAUAUUUGUAACGUUAGGCAAUGCGUAUUUUGGGUUUAGGCUCGAAAGACCUGAAUCCAGGGUGUUAAAAUUUAAAUAGUGAAAUUUAAAAGGUGUCUGUACCCAAACAUUCUUUUACGGCCCCUUAAAGGACGAAAGCGAUUAAUAGUUUUUUUUUUAUGUCAAUCGUGAGUUAUCUCGCAUCACUAACCUCUUCAGAGACGAUUUUUUUAAAGUACAAAUAUUAACAUGAAUUUGAUUUAUUCUUUAUUGCGAUUUGUUUAUUUUAUAUUUAAAACAAUUGAAUGAGUAAAAAAAAGAUAACAAGCAUAUUAUUAUGUAGUAAAUAUUAAUAUAAAAAAAAAGUCCAUAUAUGUGGCCUUUUAGUGUAAGUUAAAAAUAAAAAAAACAAUUCAAAAACUCACACAUAUGUGCCAAUGUUUCUGAAGAGGUUAAACUUGAAUAAUGAUUAGUUUCAUUUUGAUUUAAUUCCAAAAUUGAGUUGUAAUCGGAUUAUUAGUAAAAUAAAUUUAGAUUUAGUACUACAUAUUUUUAAGACUAGCUUUUGCCCGCGACUUCGUCCGCGUGGAAUAGUAACUUUGGCAUGACGCUAAAUUUUACCCGCCUCUUCAUUUACGUAGAAAAUGGAAAUAUUUUUGAAUAUUAAAUAUUUGUAUUCUGUACCGCAUGUUCCAUGGGGAGUGCUCUGAGGAAUUGUUCGAGAUGAUACCAACGUCUCGUUUUUACCAUCGCACCACCCGCCACCGGAGUAGAGUUCAUCCAUACUACCUGGAGCCACUGCGGUCAUCCGCAGUGCGUUUCCAGAGAUCUUUCUUGCCCCGUACCAUCCGGCUAUGGAAUGAGCUCCCCUCCACGGUGUUUCCUGAGCGCUAUGACAAGUCCUUCUUCAAACGAGGCUUGUGGAGAGUAUUAAACGGUAGGCAGCGGCUUGGCACUGCCCCUGGUAUUGCUGACGUCCAUGACCGACGGUAACCACUCACCAUCAGGUGGGCCGUAUGCUCGUCUGCCUAUACGGCAAUAAAAAAAAGAAUAAUAGAAUGUUAGCUCUUGUAAAGGGGAACAAUUCUCUCAUACAUUACUUUAGCGAAACUAACCGUUUCCGCAGCGCACCCAGUGAAAACUCUCAAAAGGGAUUAAGGCCCCGAUUUUGAAACAUUAUUUAUUGGGGCUCCGCUUGCAUUGGUCUUAGCGUGAUGUUAUAUAGCCUAUAGCCUUCCUCGAUAAAUGGGCUAUCUAACACUGAAAUAAUUUUUCAAAUCGGACCAGUAGUUCCCGAGAUUAGCGCGUUCAAACAAACAAACUCUUCAGCUUUAUAUAUAAUAGAUAUAUAUAUAUAUAUAUAUAUAUAUAUAUAUAUAUAUAUAUAUAUAUAUAUAUAUAUAUAUAGAUUACACUUGUCGAAGAAGCGGCUUCGUUUCUGACACCAAUAUGCACCAUACCAUCAAAUGCGAUACAGUGUUAGAUGAAGAAGAUUAUUUUCCAUCUGUCACACCACUUAUUAACUCGGUUUUUUAUUUUUUUUUAUUGCUUAGAUGUGUGGACGAGCUCAUAGCCCACCUGGUGUUAAGUGGUUACUGGAGCCCAUAGACAUCUACAACGUAAACGCGCUACACACCUUGAGAUAUAGUUCUAAGGUCUCAGUGUAGUCACAACGGCUGCCCCACUCUUCAAACCGAAACGCAUUACUGCUUCACGGCAGAAAUAGGCGGUGUGUAGGUCACCGGUGACCUACACGACGCACUCAAGUAAUUAUAUCGAUUUGUGUUGCUGUUCGAAUUUAAGACACUGACAAAAUCAGUCAUUUGCUGUUGGCAGUGAUACUGACAGGUUCUACUGAAAGAUUUCGCGCCCGUUUAUAUUUAGCCGCGUAAUUAAAUAGGGAAUUCCCCGGUUAACAGGUUAAGCUAUUCGCUUUUUGGAAGGCCUCAAGAUCCGUUCAGUAGAGUUGCGUAACGAACGAACAAACAAACAAACAUCCAAAAAUUUUGUAUCGUUGUUCCAUUUAUGUAACUUUAAUUAAUUUUUUUUUUAAUUGCUUAAAAGGUGUGUCGUAUUGACAAGAGCGAUUUUUUUUUAAAGCAUUAUUAUCAGGCGGUUCGAUUAGUUAAUUUUUUUUCUAAUAUCUCUUCAAACGUGCCUACCUCUUAACUUAAAACAAAGUCUGUAUUUAGUAAUAUUUAAACCAACGAAAUUUGACUAACAAAAUUGUAUUAUUUUUGUAUUAAAAUUAAAUAACUGAAACGUUGUCUAUAGUAUUAGUAGUAAAUAUUUUUAAAGAAAAUGUUUAAAAGAAUUAAUAAUAGCAGAGUUUAAAAAUGAAUAGUAUUUUUGUUUAAUAUUAGCUUUCAUUAGAACUAAUGAGUUCAAAUAUUCAAAUAAUAAAUUUUCGAUGAUAAAAAACAGUAAAACAAUUAUGUCGAAAUGUUUGAUAAUUUAAUGCGCGUUUACGGAUUGAUUUCGUAAAUAACUAAUAACAAUAGUUCAAGUUUAUAGCUUAAGUUCUAGUUAUGGAGGGUAGAGGUAAGGAGAACCGUCUCAUAUGGGAGAAGCUUGAAAAAGUGUCCCACUUUCAGCACUAAAUAACAGUUCAAAAAUCCUCCAGAAUGGCGCUAGCAUAGGCACAGGGUAUGAUAUGAAUUGAGCAGUCGUUAACUGAUUGAAGUAUGCUGAGUUAGUAAAUUUAAUAUAUUUAAUGACUAGAGUAGUUAGUGACAGUGUAAUCACAUGUUUACGUAGUCAAAACGAAUUUCGUCAAUAUAACCUAAAAUUAUUGCUGUGGUAAAACGUGGAGACAUCGAUUGCAUUUUCUUAUCACCUUUAAAUACUUUUUGUGAUUUUGUAGUGCUGACAGUUCUUUCGUUAUUUUUUAUUUCUCUAUCUUAUUCUAAUAACUUUCAGCGCCUUUUUUAAAAUUUACCCGGUUGCUACUGUAGCGCCACCCUUAUUUAGCAGAUUUUAACGGACACUUUUUCACCCACAGAGACUGUUCUCCUUACCUCUACCCUCCAUAGUUGUAGAUUAUCUUGUAUCAGUUGCGCAUAGCCUGCUAAGGUUGUUAAAUUUAUGCAGUGAUUUUGACAAAUAUGAUCUGUCAGGUUCGCAAUUUACACUUCGCACCUAAAUUGUGCUGUCCCAUUCCCACUUCCCUUCGGUAAUCACUGCACCAGACGCGUAGUCAAGAGAAAAUUAUGUUAAGUUGAAGCUUUUCAGUUAUUGUCUCAAAAAAAAAGUCGACCGAAAUUGACUGCUACUUCCGUUUUAGGAAAAAGGUCUAUUAAAAAAAAAUCAGUAAAAAAUAAAAACGAAAAAAAAAUCAGGCAGAAUUCUAUCGAUGCAAUUGAAUGACAAUUACAUUUAUGACGUAUCUAUCCUCAUUAUAAUACAUACAUUUUCCAUAAGCUUAAUAAAAGACCUUAUUUUUGUCUGUUACAACUUAAGAGUUCUAUGUGAACUCUUAACAACUUACAAGUUGGUUAAGCUUGUGUUGUAGAACAGCUGUAACUGUUUAAUAUUUUUGUUGUGUGUAAAGAAGAAAUAAACAUCCAUUUGUUUUAAAGCUUAUCAAAAUGUUAAUAUUUGUUUAGUUACGUAAUAAGUCGUUUUCCGUUUGCUUUUCUUUUUCUCGUUCUGACAGCUGUCUAAAUUGUAAAUGUCAAAUUUUUUGUACUAAAAAUAUUCUACUGUUUAUGACACUUGAAUUUUUUAUUGUUGUUUGGGAUUAAUAGGCGAAUGUAUUAAGUAAUAGAUAGUUAAAAAAUAUUGUAUUGUUUCAAAGUAAGCUUUACAGCUUUAUCAUCAGACUGUAUUUGUAAACUUAAGUUGUUGAUAUAAAAAGUACACAAAAAAAUGGUUGUAAAAAAAUUAGUUGAAUUUCUGAACUUUGUUUAUCUUGUUUCAUUUAUUGUGAGCAAUGUUAAUAAGAGAUUAUACGUGUUUUUUUAUAUAAUAAAUAA